AUUGUGAAAGAAGAAGGAAACUUUUUUGAUAUCCAAAAAUUGAGCUCGAAUGACAUCAAUUACAUCGUCAACCAAUUUAUGAACGCGAAUCAAAAGUCUUUGACUUCAGAAAUGCGGCAAUUGCUAAUCAGUAAAUGUCAAGCUUGUCCAUGGCCGGCUUACGUUAAUACAGUUAUGUUAUUAAGUCUUACCUGGAAGUCAUUUACUGAUUUGAGUAACUGUAACAUUCCUACCGCUAUGAACGAAUUGAUUGCGAUUAUUAUUGAAAACUUAGAGAAAAAGUAUGGUAAAAUUUUGAUGCAACGUUUAUUAAUUUAUAUUACUUUAUCAAGAAAAGGUUUAACAGAAGCUGAAUUGGAAGAUAUUUUAUCCUGCGACGAUGAAGUUUUGCGAGCAGUUUAUCCAAAUCGUGAACCAACAGUUCAUCGUAUACCAACCUUGUUAUGGAUCAGAGUUCGAAAUGAAUUAUCACCCUUUCUUGAUGAAGCCUUCGCAGACGGAUUUUCCGUUUUGCGUUGGAAGUUUCGAAAUUUUUCUGAAGUAAUACGUAAAAGAUACCUAUCCAAUGCAGACGAUAAAACAGAACUACAUUCCGUAUUGGCAGAUUACUUUUCCGAUAAGUGGAAAGACGGUAAACCA